UCCCGGUGGUUCCGCUAUGGCCGCUCCGGGCCUGGCCCUGCUGCCCUUCGCCGUGCCCCGCUGAGCCGCGGCCAUGAGCUCAGGGCAGCCCGACGCUCCCGCGCUGGAGCCGGGCGGCGGGGCCCGCUCGGGCAGGAUGUCGCUGCCCCUCGGCGUUCCACGCCGCGCCUUCAGCUACGAUGAUGCCCUAGAGGACACGGCGCCCAUGACGCCGCCGCCCGCCGAUCUGUGCGCCAGCGUGCUCUGGAAGCAGCCGGUCAUCCCCGAGCGCAAGUACCAGGAGCUCUCGAAGGAUGAGGAUGGCGAUGCCAACAUGAAACCUGUCAUAACUCCUUCAUCGUCCACAGAAAGUGUGAACAAGGUGCCCGUGGUGAAGGCCAAAGCCACUCACGUCAUCAUGAACUCCCUCAUCACAAAGCAGACUCAGGAGAGCAUCCAGCGCUUUGAGCAGCAGGCAGGGCUGAGGGAAGCUGGCUACACACCCCACAAAGGCCUCACCACUGAGGAGACCAAGUACCACCGAGUGGCUGAGGCAGUCCAUAACCUAAAAAUGCAGAAUGGAGAGACAACAAAAGAUGACAAACAGAAUUCUUCUGCUCAGUCCACUCCAAGCAGCACCCCCCACUCCUCCCCCAGGCAUAAAAACAGGGGUUGGUUUGGUCAGGGAUCCUCUACUUCUAUCACUGGCUCAGACUUUGCUAUGGAAGGUGGUGGGGACAGAUUGCCAUCUGAAAGAUGGAGCUUUUUUGGACCCAGAGCGCUCCAGAAAUCGGCCAGUGAUGCAGGAGGAUUUACCAUUCAGUCCUAUAAGGGUGCCCAGAAGCCCUCCCCAAUGGAGCUGAUGCGUGCUCAGGCUACAAGGAUGACAGAGGAUCCAGUCACCUUCAAGCCACCCAAAAUGGACAUUCCAGGCACAGAUGGGAGGAAACAAUCUCCACGCUCCCACAAUAUCAAACCUCGGGAUCUGAACGUGCUCACUCCCACUGGGUUCUAGAGGAAAGCUUCCAGUGUCUUUUGCAGGCUACAGGAUGUCUUGGGCUCUGCUUCCCUGUCCCAUGUGCUGAAGUAAAGUAGGAAAGUUUCCUUUUCCAGCUCUUCAUCUCAGAAAAAGAAACAGUCAUUAUUGUUCUGCUAAAGCCAGUCUUGGAAAAACUCUUCCACCAGUCCUAAACCAAUGUAAACCACCGUGUCCACUGCACUGGUUUGGGCUGCCAGGCUGCUCUGGAUGUGCUUCCCAGUACAUCACACCACAGUGAAACCCUGAGCCAUGGGUUUUUUUUGGACAGGAUUCAAUGUGGUGUGUGAGCACCUGGCUUGUAUGCCUGGAAUCUGGCUGUCUUGUCCUGCUCGGUGCUGAAGGACCCACAGGAGGACUGGUUCUACCAAGAGAUCAAGCAGAAAAUGAUGUGAACAAGGACUGAAAACUGAUUAACUGCCAGAAGGAAGAUGGGGUAUAAGAUGGUGGUGGGUCAGUAUAAAUGUGGCAUUCCCUCACUAUCCAGUGUGACCAUGUAUUUUGUUCUUGGAAUGUUUUUUAAAGGGAAAAGGGACUAGUGACCAUUCUAAAAUGUUCUCAUUGGAAAGGCAGGGAGCAAAAUCUAAUGGGAGCUUGGAAGUAAUGAGGAAGAAUUCCUUUUCUUCCAACUCUUCAUGUUCCUCUAAGAAGGUGGAAGUAACCAAAGCUGGUGUCGUGCAUUCCAGACAACAGAUUUCCAGGUGUUCUGGCACUCUGGAUGCUGCUUGAUUUGUUUUUGCUGUUUUUUUCUCCUUUUCCCUAGAAUUGUGUAGAAUGUAUUAGACACCAGAAACACUUCUCAGACAGGGUAUUUUGUUGUAUCAGCAUUAAGUGUGUUCUACAGGGCUGGGGGAGGACUGAGGGCAGACCAAGGCUGAACAUUGCUCCCUGCUAAGGUACAGCUGGAUGUGAUCCUUGACUAGUCUGAACCAGUUCCUGGGAACAGCUAACACUGGCUUUCAGGAAAAGUGGAAGGAACCCCUGGCUACCAUGUAAUCCCUUAAGUGUGAUAGGCAGCAUUGCUCUGUAAUCCUCACCUGUACUGUGGCAAAUGGGUCUCCUCAGGUCUGCUCUUCAUCUCACGAUUGUGCAGAGUCCUUCAGCCAGCAGCAGCCUUGCAUCUGGAAGUGGAACCUUCUCUGCUGCCAGGACAUUAUACAGAGGUUACUUAACAGGUGGUAAUUGUUGAACUCCAGGGUUUCUGCCUUCUUAAACCAAACACCCUCUCUGGAGGCUGAGACAGGGUUGGCUCCUUGGCUGGCUGCUGGCCCCUCUGAAGCAGCACAUUUUGUAGCAUUGCUUUCUCUUGAGCUUCAGCAGCACUGACAGUGACGUGUUGUGUGAAAGUCCCCCACCCAAACCAGCAGUUCUGUCACCACUUGUUUGCACCUUGGCAAUCAGGCUGUCAUUUGACAUUAAUUUAUUUGCUGACUGUAUUCACGUCUCCUAAUGUGUAUAUGUUUUUGUUUUGUUACAGGACAAUAAAAUCCUUGUGGAA